AUGUCAACAACAACUACACCACCAACAUCAACAGAUCAGGAAAAUACUUUACCAAUUGCUUCAUCAUCUGGUGAUUCCACUACUACUACAACAACAAUAACUCCAUCAUCACCAUCUAAUACUAUAACAACAACACCAUCAUCUCCUGUUCUUCAACAAGAAGCCUCAACAACAACAAAUGAACCUAAAUUUGACUUUGAAAUUUCCCAUAACAAAUCUGUAUAUAAUAUUACAAUGAAAUCAUUAGAUUCACAAUCGUAUGAUUCUAAACAGUCACCAACAAAUCAUCAUCAACAUUAUAAUACUCAUAAUAAUAAUAAUAAUAUAUUAAAUAAUAAUAAUCAACAACAACAAGAACAUUCUGAAAUAUUAUCAUCAUUAGCACAAGAACAACAAGAACAACAAGUUGAUGAAAUACAAGAUAAAUCAAUAGCAACUAAUGGAUCUAAUUUAAUAUCAUCUUCAACAAAUAGUUUAUUUGGUUUAUUUUCAUCAUUUAUAUUAUUAUAUACAACAGGUGAUAAUUUAAUAGUACAAUCAAGAAGUAAUCAAAAAUUACAAAUGAAAUCAGUAAUUGAUUAUGAAAUUGGUGAAAUGGUUAAAAGUACAACAUUAAUAAUGAAUCAAUUAUUAUAUCAAAUUAAAAGUGGUGGACCAUUUGAUUUAAAUAAUAAUAUAACAUGGUUUAGAAUAUUUUAUUAUUUAAAAAGAUUAUAUGUACAUAAAUCACCUUUGAAAAUGUUAUAUUUUGGUAGAUUUGAUCAGAGUUUUAUUGGUGUUGAAGUUGAUUUUGUUAGAGUACUUUUAAAAGCAUCAACAUUUACAAAUUUAGAAAGAAUGGGAACUGAUUAUCAUUUAAUUUCAGAUCCAAAUUUAAUUUAUUCACCUUCCAAUAUCAUUGAAUCUAAGAAUUGGACAUUAGAAGUAACUAAUAGAGCAUGGUAUUCAAUAUUUACAAAAUAUCAAACAUCUAACAAGACAUUAUCAAAUGUUAAAUGGAGUCCACUAUUUUCAAGUAUAUUUAAAUAUAAAAGAAUCUAUUUUAACAAGUGGAAAUUCAAAUGA